AUGAUCACCCACGUGCAGCUGGCCAUCUGCACCAACAUACUGGGCAUGUGGGUCUUCCCGGUCGUCAUCCUCUACCACUAUGUGGCCAUCAACAACCCCAAGAAACAGGAGUGA